AUUUCUAAACUACAAACAGCCAUAGACAGUGAGUCUGAGAGACGAUUUCAUUUAGCUAAAGAAGAAACAAGAGUGUCAAGCACCUCUGAAAAAACACGUUUAGCCUUUCUGAUUGCUAAGUCUGAUGAAAAAAUGCAAGCUCUUUCAGUUUUAAUGCUUCAUUUCCUGUCUGGUCUUCAACAUUGUCAGGAACAAGAACAUAAAAAGUCACCAGCAUUGGUAUCAACAGAUGUUGCCUCUCAACAUACCAUUAAACAAACAAAAGAGAAUUUGCCAAGGCAGGAGGCAACAAAUGUAGUUGAACAAGCAGAAAAUAUUCCAGUUGUUAACAUUCUCUGCACUGAAGAUGAUAUAAGUAAUGAUACAUUCCAUCCACUCGAUAACUAUGAUUAUGCCACUGAGCUAUUAGAAUCUUCUGUCCCUCAAUUAAUGCUCAGUAAUGUACCCUAUGACCAAUUACCUAUCCCAGUAGUUAGGGAUGAUCAAGGUAGAAAUAUUCAAGAUCAGUUCUUUUCAAACACUGAUUCCCUUGUAGAACAGCUAGUGAUUAUUGAUGAUAAGAAUAGUGAUUUUUGUGAUCAACUCUCAAAACACACUAAUUCUUUGGGCUCACAUGUGGUGACCAGUCAUGACUGGAACAUCAAUUUUGAUGAACAUGUUUCAUCACUAACUAAUUUAUCAUUAAAACAACUAACUGGUAAUAAAGAGAAAUAUAAUGAAGAUCAAAAUCAACUUUCAUCUCAGUCAAACUCUUCAGAUCUUAGUGCAAUAGCCAGUGAGGAUCAGAGAAGCAGCCUACUCCUUCAGCACCAAUCACAAACUGAAUAUUUUACAGUUGGUGAUAACUCUUACCAAGAACUUCAUGGCCAGGUUUCCUUACAACAUAUUACAUUUGCUACUCCUGAUCAAAGCCUUGAUGAUGAUGAUGAAAAUGAAAAAAAAAUAUGUGAACCAACACUUCCAACAGCUUCUAGUGGAAACCACAAUUGUUCCAUUCAUUCUGGUCCAUUAAUACAAGAGUAACAGUUGUCUUCAAAAAGGUCCACAAAAUCAAUGCAAUAACCGAACAACCUGCAGGUGGAUUAGUUGUAAGAAUUAACGAUGACCUUCAGCAAACAUCUGGCAUGCAUGCAUAGACAGAUGCUAUCUGGUUAUUCAAGAAUGCAUCAGGGUAGAGUAGGGGAAGGGGCCUGUGGUCAGCUUCAAUUAUAAGACGACUAUGAAUUUUACAGCCUAAUUGUUAAUCAAAAAACAUUGAAUUAUAAUAUGGUAUGUUGAAACACCAUAUAAAAACUUAGUAACACAAAAGUAAACAUAAAAGUAAAGUAUAUUUAAGUGUAAAGUUUCUGUUGUUGUUUUUUUGCUGGGUCUGGUGACAUAAAGCAAAACAAUUUUAUGUUGCUUUUGCACCAUAUUUAAAUAUAUUAUCUGCUGCUAUUUUAUUUUUUAUAAGUAGCUUAAGAAUUCAAAAUCCAUAAAAGCAUAGUUUGUGUUGCAGUAUAUGCGUGUGGAAUGUUAAUCCAGAAGUUUGUUUAAAUAUUUGUUCACAAAAAAACUUCAGUUAUAGGCCUAACAAUUUUUUAUAUAUAUAUAUAGCAGUCAUCUUAUUUUCAGAAGUUGACAAUAAUUUUUAUUUAUUUUUGAUGAUUGAAAAGUGUGUAAUGCUGCUUUAAAAAAUAGUUUAAUGUGAAGACUCAAUUUAAUUUAUUGUAGCAUUAAGAGGAUUUGUUUUUUAUAGUGAUAUAGCUAACCAAAGAAAUGACCAAUUUAUCAGUUGUUCAUUUAUUUAUUUUUUAAUAUCAAGAAAUCAUUCCAGUUUAUAGAUCCUGAAAUUGUUACCAAUGAGUUUCAAUGUGUUAUUGAUCAUCACUUGACUACUUCUCUAUUAGUAAAGCUUUUCUUCAAGUUGUAUAUCAGUAUUGUGAUUCAAGCUGUUUCUUAAAGAUCAUCAAGAUAUUACUUAUCAAUUUUUAGUUUUUACAUUAAUUGUUAGUACAACAUUGUUACAUUUUUA